GGGACGGGAACGUGUGUGCCGCUCUGCGCUGCGGCGUGGCCCUUUAAGAAACUCCAUGUUCUCGCUUCAUGAUGCGUCAACAUAAAAAGCGGAUGAUGCUGUUAUGUAAAACAUGCCAAAGUCAGCCGGAGUUUGCAGGAUCUGCGCUCAGGGCCUCGGCCGCUUUUUAAAACUCAUCCGCUGCAGUUUGAAGCGUCACGCGUGGAUUUUUUUUUUUCAUCCCCCUCGCUGCGUGGAGUUUGGAGCGCGGAAGGCAAUAAAACAGGCUUGCGUUCCGACCAGCUCAACGCGAGUCGCCCCUCCGCUCGGUUUUCCUCCUUCAUUCGUGGGAAGCUCAUACACCUGACGCAUCUCCGUCCGCGUCCUCUGGAGCCGAUCCGGGGCUGGUUUUAAAGGAUCGAUCCGCUUCCGUGGCUGCGGGUUCCGGGGGCCGAUUCCCGUCUGCGAAGCGAUCAAUGACGACCUGAAACCCUCUGUUGUAGGACCUGUGGAGCACGAGAUUUCGGCACAUCUGCUCACUGAUGCUGAGACCAUGGUGAAAGCUCAACAGGGCCAGCCGGUGAAAUGCAGGAAGCUCCUGAAGAAGAACGCAUUCAAGAAAAGGAUUGGGAAGAAGGAGCUUAGUGAAAAGCUAAAGAGAGACAUUAAAGGUUUCCGUCACAGGAAGACAUCCGGAGCGGCGGGUAAUGGAGAUGCAUUAGCCUGUUGCGUUCUGCUGACCCGUCUGGAUGAGAAGGGAGUCGUCGGUAAAGAAAAACAUGCAAAAUCCAAGAUGCGAAAGACUGCUAAGGUCAAAAAGAAGGAGUGCUCUGAUCCAAGAGUGACCAAAUCUGGACUAAUGUCAGCUUCCAGAGCCAAUCAGCAAACUCUGGAACCAAAAACCACCCAAGAGGACGCCUUACUCAUGUUCACCUCCCCCGCUGUUGAGCCUCGAAGGAGAAGAAUGGCCUCUCUCAAUGCUGAGGCUGUCAACAGUUUGCUGCUCUACAGAAGCGGUUCGAUGGUGACAAAUCUCACAAAGAAACUGCAACCUUUGGGCAAAGACGCAGACAGGGAUGUCCCUAAAGCCAAAAGUGUUUCUGCGGGAGAGAAAGGAGCCAAAAAACAGAAGAGGCCAAAAGAUCAGACGGAGAGCAUUGACUGGUUGAGUUUGUUUGCUCCCACACCGCGACGUCAGGCGGGUCUCACUGCUGCAACGCUGCUCAGACUCACCAGCGCCCAGUACAAAACCAAACGGCAGAAGAAGACAGAGUCCAAGCCGGAGGUGAGGCACGAACCCACAGAAUCCACUCCGAACGGCCUAAAUCCUGACCCCGUCUGCGAAGGAACAACGCUGACCAAAAAACGAAGACCACACACGAGAUUAGAAGAGCCGCUUAAGCACAGAAAUCAGGGCACAGAGUUUCAGGCUCACCCCAAGCUGAGCUGUGCCUCUCAGGGCUGCUGCAGUCUUUGUCAGACAGAGUGGGAGAGUGCCACGGGGGGCCAGGGCUGUGUCAAACAUGCCUUCCAGUGUGGUUCCUCGUUGGGGUUCCCCUUGAAAACAAUCAAAGAGGAGCAGAUGGAGACGGAAGUGACCUCCUGCUUCUGCUGCUCCCAGGAGAGAUGCGUCGAGUACUGUCACAGACUGGCCCUCUUCCUGGAGGACAAGACCUUUAAGGAGCCAGAGGACGACUCACAGUCCGAGGUGUUCCACCACCACCACCACCACCAUCAUCACCACCACCACCACCACCAUCUCCAAACACCCCAUUCUGUAGCCCACCCAGCAGCCAUAACCAUAAGCCCCCACACGUACACGUGUUACCCGGGCUACUACGUCCACUUCAGCCAUCCAGACAGCCCGCCUUCUCCUAUACCGCCCCUCUCGUUAUGCCAGAGGGGCAGCAAGAGGCCGAAGCUGCUCCCCAGCACAGGUCCGCAACCCUCAGGGAUCAGACAUCCAGUUUACUGCUGCACUUCAGUGGAGGCGUGCUACGGAGAGCCCUGCAGAAUCAAUGGCUACUCCUAUUCCAGUGUGAUUCCUGCCAUCACCAGAGGAGGGUGCCGCUUCAGCCCCAAAGACUGCACCAAAUGUAACCAAGGCAUCAAAAGAGAAGAAUACUCAUCAAGCCUCAGUGAUCACCACAGUCCGUCCUCCAUCCCUAUCUGUCCCAGCCCCCGAGUACUCACUGGCUGCCCCAUUCCCACUGUGCCUCCAGCCGGCCAAUCAGUGCCCCACGUUCAGACUCCGCUAUCCGACCCCAGCCAACCCCAGCCCCCGCUGCAGGUGGCCAAGGAGUGUCCACAGAGUGCCAAGCCGCCCAGCGGCUCGAGGUCUGGAGCCCGCGGGGGUCUGGCCGUCUCCCCUCUGAACCGGGACAAGAAGCAGAGGCUCGGCUCUGUCGCCGUCGGGGGGCAAACGGUUCCCAAGCAGCCGAAGAACAGCCGGCAAAAAUCCACAAACGGCUGGAGGUCGCUGGGCUUGCCCUUUGAGAAGGAGGUUUUUGUCGUUGGGGAGGAAAGUCCGGUUCUGAGGAAGUGUUUUGAGGGAAUCCGCAGGGACGGGGACGUGAUUCGUGUCAGAGACACCGUUCUGCUGAAGUCUGGGCCCCGAAAGAAGUCUCUGCCUUACGUGGCCAAGGUGUCUGCCCUGUGGGAGGAGCCAGAGUCAGGAGAGCUGAUGAUGAGUUUGUUUUGGUAUUACCGCCCAGAACACACGCAGGGAGGGCGCAACCCCACCAUGCAUUGUGAGAAUGAGAUCUUUGCAUCCCGUCACCAGGAUGUCAACAGUGUGGCCUGUAUUGAAGACAAAUGCUAUGUCCUAACGUUGGCACAGUAUUGUCGAUUUUGUGCCUUGGUAAAGCGCCGCAGGGAGGGUGUACACGACAGCGCCGUCUCCCUCGUGGUGCCCCCCGUUCUUAGCAACGCCAUGCCCACCCACCACUGUGUGCCCGACGACGUCGACCCAGAGCUGGUGCUGUUCUGUCGACACGUCUACGACUUCCGCUACGGACGCCUCCUGAAGAACCUGCAGUAGUGUCUCUCUCUCUCUCUCUGCUGCAUCGGGGGCAGAUCGCGUAACCUUUCCGUCAUCCUCCAUGAGUUUUAUUCUCGCGGCCUCGUAAGAAGAAUUUGAUCAGCUCUGAACCGUUCGUGUUUUAACACCAUGCAUUUGUCGUGCAUCAGAUUUAUGUGGCGGCGUGAGUGGCCUGUGGUGAUGUAGCAGCUGUCGGAAGAACAUGGAAGUUACCCUGCUGUAAAAAACAAAAAACAACAAAAAAAAAAAAAAACGCUACUGUAGCUCUUAGAAAUGUGACAUUUGACAGAUCUGCAUCUGGUGUUUUUAUGUGAGUGACGCUGCUGUCUGCCUGACAGAUAUCAGACGCGUACAGUGCUUCGAUGAUCUGCUCAUAGCUAAUGAAAACCCGGGGCGUGUCGCGUUGGCUGAAGGAGUGGGUGAGGAUUUCACCACAUCUCAUCUGAUUUCCCUCUGAUUUAAAUGGAUGAUAAAUGUCUUGUCGCUGCACACAGAGACCUAGAGUGCAUUUUACUGGUUUUAGGGGGUUUCCCUAAAUAUGUGCUUUGGAUAAUCACCAAUAAUUGACCUUGAGACUGCUAACGGUCAACUUGCAAAGUGAAAACAGUAUUAAUUUUGCUGCGGGAACCAGAAAGGCACUAACUGCAGUCAGACGUCACAGAGAUUAUGAGUUGCUGUUUUCAACUCGGGGUGCAUCCACAACAACAGUUUUGUUUUAAAUGAAUCUCACGUUUGCCGUUUUAGCGCCUCCUAGCUACACCAUUGCAGUAUGUUAGGACCCCUAUAAUGAAUUUGGUGAGAAAAACUGGAGGAUUAACAGCACAAAAUAAAUCAGUGAUUUUAACCAGCAUGGCAACUCUGCAUCAGACAAACCCGCCAGCUCUUUAUACUCAAAUUGUUUCCUUUUAGUUUGACAUAUUUCCAGUCUAAUAGAUCUCACAAUACAAACCGUAUCAAUAAACCACCUGUUUCCCAAUAAAUCAAUUAACCUAAAUGGCAAAUCUCCAUUUUUUUAAUGUAACGGUAUAGA